CACACACUCGAGUGCAGAAAUUUAUGAGCCCGAACAACCAACCAGCUGCUGCACUCCACCGUCCGAAAAGCAACAGCAAUAGCUGCAGUGUCAACUGCUUUUGAGACCUUCACCUGUAUGGCUGUGACCAAGAUAAAAGUCCAGAGCUUCGGCUUUCACACAUUGCAAGACCAAUCCUCUUCUCGUUCUUCAAGCUCUCCGCUUUCACUUCUCACCGGCACUGCCCAAGCAAGCUUUCUACCAUCUCUCUUGGCUGGGCUAGCUCUAACAAGGUGGCCGGUGGCCCGAUCCAUGGCGUGGACGCUGCUGUCCAUCUGAUCCAAUCUGCUUGUGGCGUGCAUGGCCAGAGAUGACCACGGACCACCAGCCCAGCCGCCGCGCCCUCCUGCUCCUCUUCUUCGUCCUGCAGAUCCCGUCACUGCUCGGUUCUCGCUCAGCCCACGUCGUCGUCGUGGGCCCCGCCGCAACGGCGGCAGCUGCCGGGCGGCGUCUUCUCCCCGCGCCCGCGGUGCGUGAGCAGCAGUCCGUGGCGGUGGUGAAGGAGAAGGUGGCGGCGCAUCCGCGGACCGUGGGGAGAAGAGCAGGAACAAGCGGCGGCGGCGGCGUCUCAGCGUUCGUGAACGCAGUUAGCAAACAUCAGGUGCCAAGCGGCGCCAACCCGGACUCCAAUUAGCUUGCUAGACUAGAUGCCGGCCGGAGAGCUGCGGCUGGUGUAUCUCGCGUAUGCUUUUGUGUAUAUGUAUGCUUUAAUCUGUUUCUAGAAGACUAGAACAAAAUAUGGUUCAGAUUUUUUUUUCAAGUCUUUCUUCGCUUCA